AUGAGCACUCAAAUAUCUGAUCUGCAAGCCAAAGUGGCGAACACUCUUACAAGGUUUGCCAAAUCCAGUUCCAACAAGACAACAGGCCCAAGUUCCUCUCAACAUCUAUUCGACGGCAGGUCAAUGUCUGAUUUUGAAGAGUUCUCAGAAGCAAUCACACUAGGUCAAGUGUUCUCAUACGAAUUUGGAACUGUGGUCGAAAGCUGUAAAACCUUCUGUAAGGUAUUCAGCGAAGAAUGGGAUAAACCCUCUAAUCAAUCGAUCAGAGAUAAAAUCAUUACAGAUAUCUCAACAUCGUGCGGACAAGGACAAUCAGAGUCUGAUACGAGUACUACUGAUAUAAAUAUUAGGAACAUCACUAAUUCGAUUGAGUUCAAGAGGGAAUACGCAAAAGCGUUAUUUCAAAGUGAUAUACCGCGGAUUAGAAAUAGUUUCUCAUCUGCCAAAAAUCAUUACGAUCAAACUUAUUUCUUUUACCCUAAACCAACUUUUACGAUGGCCGUUGCUCAAUCCCUCGCGGCGUACGAUAGUCAUCAAGCUCCGUCUGAGCAGUAUCUCAUUAGCGGGUUGACGAAAGAAGAAGCUGAACUUAGGGAGAUAAUCGGUUUUAUGGAUCAUUUCAGGUCAUUCGAUAAUCAAAGUCAAACCCAGACAUGGACAAACUUCAAUACUGAUUAUGGAAGACUUUCAGGGUGGUUGGACAUACUGAAUAGGCGACAAAUAUUCGCGAAGGGUGUCAAGUCUUGUAUGGCUCCUCAACACGCCAAUAAUAGCGUUCAGAAGUGA